UGCGUGCCCGUGACCCUGAAGCCGGAUGGCGGCGUCGCCAUAGUCAAACAUGGCAGAUCUCGACGCGAUCUACGAAGAGGACGACGAAGACCUGAGGGCCAACGAAGAUUCGUUGGUGAGCCUCGUACCCGAACCGAUGGUCAUACGAGGCGCCAGAAACAUGACAGUGUUUGGCCUGAGCAAUAAAUUCGACACGGAAUUCCCGCCAACGCUAUCUGCUAAGGUAGCUCCAGAAGAAUUCAAAGCUACCAUUGUGCGCAUCAACAGCGUCCUGCGCAAGACUCUACCCGCGAACGUCAAGUGGCUUUUCUGCGGCUGCCUGUGUUGUUGCUGUACCCUCGGAUGCUCGCUCUGGCCCGUCGCCUGCUUGAGCAAACGGACGCGGCAUUCGAUAGAGAAAGUCCUGGACUGGGAGAGUUGUCACCUUUACCACAAGCUCGGUCUAAAUUGGAAGCUUGGAAAGAAGUGGUGCGAUUCCAACAGCACGAUGGAAUACCUGCUGCUCAUUGAAUUCAUCCCCAAGUUGGCCAUCCAUCGGCCCGACUAAAGGCCGACGAGCCAGUCCCCCUUUCUCAAGUGUUGCCGCGGCGCUCGGACCAAUGAGGCGGCAAGAGGGCUCUCGAGGACGACCAGAGCGCAGCGAAUCUCUGUCACGGCGGAACGAAGACAGCCCCGCCCUGAGCAUUUGCUGCGUCUCUUUGGAGACCGUCUUACAGACAAGAAAACGGCGCAAGGCAAGAGUUCUUAGCCGACACCAC